AUGGAGAGGGCGAGCCCGGCGGCGGGGAAGCUGAACGCCGGCGGCCGCGGGGCGGGCGAUGGGCACGGCCCCGCGGGGGGCAGCCAGCCGCGGGCGGCGGCGGCGGGCGGCGCGGAGCCGGGCGAGCUGAUCGGGCGGGCGCUGGAUUUCAAGAGCGAAGGGGCGCAGUGCUACAAGGACAAGAAAUUCCGGGAGGCCAUCGGCAAGUACCACCGCGCCCUGCUGGAGCUCAAGGCGCUGCUGCUGAGCCAGGAGCCGGGCGGGCAGCGCCCCGCCAACGCCGCCGCGGGCGGGCUGAGCGACGAGCAGCGGCAGGCGGUGGAGGCCAUCGAGAUCGACUGCUACAACAGCCUGGCAGCCUGCCUGCUCCAGGCCGAGCUGGUGAACUAUGAGCGUGUCAAGGAGUACUGCCUGAAGGUGCUGCAGAAAGAAGGCGAGAACUUCAAGGCACUCUACCGGUCGGGAGUUGCAUUUUACCACCUGGGUGACUACAACAAGGCACUCUACUACUUGAAAGAGGCAAGAUCCCGCCAGCCAACAGAUACCAAUGUCAUACGAUAUAUCCAGCUGACAGAGAUGAAGCUCAGCAGAUGUUCCCAGAGAGAGAAAGAAGCCUUGUGAAAAUGAAGCCGCUUCAGCUGAAGUGCCCAAAGGGGAACAUUUCCUUCCCAGAAGCCCAUUUGGUGGAUUUUCUUGUUUGCUCUGCCUCAUCCCCAUCUCCUCAUCCACCCACUCUCCCUUGCUCUUCAUUCAAUCUUGGUUUUGAAAAAAGAGACUUAGAUGCUGGGUAUGGCUGCAACAAUUACCAUUGCCAACCACGGUAAUACCCCUUCCCCAUGGCAGGAGAGCACAAUGGCUACAGCCAGCCUUGUUCCAAGACAGUGUCACACACCUGGAGGAGGCCAUAUGAGGGGACCUCUCUGGUCUCAAGCUGACUGCUACUACCUGUAGGGAAGCAACCCCCAGACAACCCCUUCCUGACCAGACAAGCUGGAGAAAAACAGUUUCUACUCUGAGUGAUAGAUGGAGCUUAGAAGAGCUAAGAAACCAAGAGACCACUGGUGAUUUCACAGGGGACAGCAAAUGCCUUUUUACCAUCAGCUCCCCCUGCCUGCUUCUCCGGUGUGUGCUAUCAGUCUCCAUUGAGAGCUCACGUGCUCCCAAUCCAAUUCCAGUGAAACUGUUUCUAAACAUCCUCUUAACGAAAGCACAGAGCACCCUACAAUACCCCCAAAGCUGUCCCAGUGCCAGAGGAGAAGGCUGUGGGGUACCACAGAAGGCUGAAUAGGCUGUCAAAGUGUGGUGUACAGUAUGAGGGAAAAACUGUGAAAUAAUUCAUUAAAGGCAAAUAAAAAUUAUUAAUAGGCAACAAGUCCAGGCAUUCCUUUUAGAAGGGACUUGUGGGUUUCCCGUAUCCAGACAGGCAACAUCAUCUAGUGGGGUUUGCGUAGGGUGGGGGACAGGGACGUCUCCAAUCAUGUACCAGCUCUGCCAAUGCCUUGCUGUGUGGUCUUGGGCAAGUCACUUAGCCUCUCUGUGCCUCAGUUUCCCCAUCUGUACACUGGGGACAAAAAUACUUCCCUACCUCGCAGGGGUGUUGUGAGGAUUUACUAGUUCAUGUUUGUAAGUAUAGUGAUGUACAGUGCUAAGUAUUACUAGUACAUUGGAUUGAGGUCUUGACUCUCCCACCUUGUGUUGGUGCUUCCUGUGUCCUUUUUUUUUCUUUUUUAGCAGAACAUGUUGCCAGCAAACAGGGCAGGACCAACAGCUUUUGAAGUCAUUUCAGCAGCCCCAAAGGGUCUCUCAGACCUACUGCGGCAGACUGAUCACUUCUGUGAAUUCAGGCUCAUUGGCUCAAGGAUUCUUUCCUGAAACUGCCAGUAAUGGGAUCAGUAAGUGGCACACACACAUCUCCAAUGGGGCUGCCCCACCACACUGGGCCAUGGGGAAUCACUUCCAGCUACAGGGUGAAUACGUGGUCUCGUCCUGUGGUGGCCAGUGCAGUGUGUGUGCCCCAAGAUAGCCCGCUCAACAUUUAGAUGAAGUGUGCAAACUGAAACACAGAAAGCAGAAAUCUGAACACACCAAGUUCUGUCGAGUGCUGCGUGCUCUGGUCCCAUUGGAUGUGGUAUUUGCAAACAGUGGGCUAUAUCUCACAUUCCAGCAGCAGUAUCUUGCGACAGUUUUUUUCCAGCCAAAACUUGGAAGAGUUGCUAGAGAAACAUCAAGGGAAAAGGAAAAUCUGUAUCACUGUGUCUGAAAAAAACAAAGCUAUGUUCUUUAGAUCAGGGAUACAUCCAGCCCACGCUGGGGGUGGGGAAGAGACUGUCUUAAAAUGACAUAUAAGCCUCUGAGAUAAGAUGGACCUGUGUCAGUUGUGUGAAACUUAUUACCUAGGAUGGCACCAGAAGUUCAUGUUUCUCAAGUGGGUGUUGGAAAGCAGCUGCUUCCCAAAAUCAGGAAUGCUGUGUGCAGCAACUGUGAAGGAAAGGGCUGUGUACUUAGGACAGCAUCAUCAACUCUCUUUAGAUAGCCUACGGCUCAUACAGCUCUGCCAGAAAUAACAAGCGCCUCUGCCCACCACUACCCAUGUCUAAGCAGCUGCUGCUAGGACAACCAUGGGUUUAAAGGCAGAGGACAAAUGAGAGGCAUUCUGUAAAUUGUUGUUCACUAGAAAAAGUUUAGGCAGAAUUGUGCUUGGGUGCCUGUUUUACAUGGUAUUGUGUAAAACAGAGAGAUAAAAAGAUGCAUGCAGUUCUCCGUAUCCUGUACACAUUACGGUGUACAGCAAAUGCAAAUAGAGGUGACUCCCCUGUACUUCAUAUUGCUCUUGACAGUUCACCACACAGCUGCAUGUUGCCCUUCACUAGGAUUGAAACAAGGAUUCACCCUGUAGGCCACGCACA